ACCAAAAACCCUGUGAGACGUGAUCUGAAACAGUCUGAAAACACAGACUAUGAAGCAACGUUACCAGGUUAAGGCAGCCGUGUUGAGCUUAAAGUCAGACUUUUAAGUGUUACAGAGGUGCUUUACCUCUCUAAAUCACCAUGGUAACUGAUGAUGUACAUACUACCUGUUUGGGAGAAGAUUAUGUGUUUGAAGUUUUCGUUUAAAACAAUCUUGAAGCACCACAUUUUCCCCAAAUCUUUGAUUUACAGCAGAGAGUACACAUUAUACACUCAGAGGCCACUUCAUGAGGUACACGUUGCUAGUACGAGGUUGAGCCCCGUUGUCCUGCUGAAAGUGACCUUUGGAAGAUGGAUAGAGUGUAGCGAUAAGAGGAUGGACAUGUUCAGCAACAAUAGGUAGCAUCAUUUAAACACCACGGCCUAAGAGGCCCAAGCUGUUUCACCACCAGCAGUUUGAACAGUUGACACGAAGCUUCAUGUUGUUUAAGCCAAAUGGUGACACUGAAGUCUUAAUGUUGCAGAAGUCGCGACUCAUCAGACCAGGAAACAUGUUUCCAGGCUUCUGUUGUCCAGUCUUGGGCAGCCUGUGUGGACUGUAGCCUCAGGCUUCUCGUAGCUGACAGAAAGGACACUCGUGUGGUUUGAGGUUGGACUAGCUGUUAGCUCAGAGAUGCUCUUCUGCUACGGCUGUAACCAGUGUGUAACAAACCCACAGCAGGCCCGGGUGCAUCUUCAUGCUUUGCAGCAUGCUUUCUGCUUACAAUAUUCACACGGUUGCUGUAACAGCUGCCAGCCGUACACAUCACCACCAACAACCACUAAUGACAACAGCACAGCUGUGAUUGCAGGUGCGGCGCAGGUGCGUCCAUCUCACCUGCAGCAGCAUCGCAGACCACGCCUCGCCACAGUGCUUAUUUGAGUUACUGAUCUCUUGAAGCUUUUCUCCUCCGACGUCUGACCUCAGCGAGGCACGUUUCGCCCAGAGAACUGCUGCUCACUGGAUAUUUUCUUUUUCGGUGGGAAAAUCCCAGCAGAUCCUGAAAUAUUCCGACCGUCCCGUCUGGCACCAACAACCUCGCCACAUUCAGAGUCACUUAAAUCACCUUUUGUUCCACAUGCUCAGCUUUAACUUCAUCACGUCGUCUCGACCGUGUCUACAUGCCUACAUGCAUAGAGACGCUGCCCUGUGAUUGGCUGACUGUGUAUAGCUGCAUGCAUGUAGCUAGUACCUGACUCCCAUCACUAAGUUAAGCAAUGCAUUUGUUUGUGUUUCAUUGUCACUGACAUUUGCAGGUCAGAAAUAUACAAAUAUAUCUGUUUUCCUCCUUGAGCUGAGCAUCCUCUGCUGCAACUGCAGUUACUAAGAACAAGAGUGAAAACGGGGUCCAGGUUUCAGAGCUCUGCUGUGCAGCCGCCAUGGGAGAGAUAAGUCAACAACAAGAUAAAUGAAUUCACAGCUUUAAUGAUUUCAUGUCUGAUUUGCAUCAUCAGUGUUCCACAUACUGAAUCUUUGUGUCUGCUCUGAUCAUGUCUCUGAUGGCAGACGGUGGUGCUCAGCUAAAGAAGAGUCAGACUGAGCCUGAGCGACAGAAACAAACUAAUUCUUACAUCUGCUAUGCGGCCGCCCCAGCCGUGCUCCUCCUCUUCCUCCUCCUCUGUUUCCACUUCUCCUCCUUCCUCUAACCCCGCCUCGGCUCAGCUCCAGAGUCUCACCUUGAGGCCUCCUCCCCCCGGGACUCUCGCCAUCCCUCCUUCCCUACGCCUCAAGCCCAACGCCACGGCCCCGCCUCCCCUCUCUCGACCUCAAGCCCCCCUCUUCCCGAUUCUCAAGCCGCGACCUCAGUCCAGCAUCACAGCAACGGAGUGUCCAACCACGCCCAGCCGACACCUCGCCGUGCCGCCUCCAAGUAGGUCCCUGAAGGGUGUGAUGAGGCCGGAUGAGUACGCUCCUCCAUCUCUCUAUUCUCCGGUUCGAGCCGUCCCUCUGAGACCCAGACUUCACUCUCCUAACGGUCACAGAGUGGCGUCACCUCGACAGACCUCGGCCCUCCAACCAAUCGCUGCUGCUCCCUCCAGCCAGGCGUCUUCCAUCAGCCGGCCGCUGGCGGGACUGAAGAGCUGUCCGUUAACUCACAGCCCGGUAUCUGUCUCCAGCGCUCUGUCAGCUGUGCCGCAUUUUGAGCGCUCGUUGUCUGCAGCGAAGCAGCUUCAGAUCAUCGCCCUCUCUUCGGGUCGCCAGCCACAGCCGGGAACGUACACGCAUGCUUCGGUGCAGCCGCCGCCUCCAGCUGCAGAGUCGCCUGAGGUUUCCGCCCAAUCAAAGAGGACUUUGAGCACUGAAGACGUCCUUCCUCCUCCUCCUCCUUUAAACCCCUCGUUGCCAAAAACCACCUCUCCUCUGCCCUCACCUCCAUCCCUUCUGAGUCCAGCCUCUCCGCAGAGUCAAGCUGAGCCCCAGCCGCAAAAUCUGACCCAGAAGGUGGAGGUAAAGGAGGCUGAAGAGCAGAGAAAGAGAGCUGCAGCUGUGAGACAGGAAGUCAAAGAUGAGGAAAGCAUUGCUAAAGACCUGAGAGUGGAGAAAGAUGACCAAAGAGAGAAGGUGAAGGAGGAGGAGCCCAGUGAGGAGCAAAUCAACCAGGAGGUGCAGGAAGUUAGCCGAGAGGAAGAUCAAAUGGAAGUGACAGAAGAAGGCCAAAGUGAGAGAGAGAGGAGAGAGGAAGGCAAGGACAAGAAGAUGGAGGAGGAAGAGGAAGGAGAGACUCCAAUGGACCAGUCUGAGAACCAGACGGCACAGCUUCCCCAUCAGUACCACAACACGGACCCUAUCCCGGAGCCUGAUCCUGUUAAAGACUCCACUGUGGACUCAAAACCCAUCACGGGUCUCAUUUCAACUCCACUUCCAGUCCAAACUCCAGCACCAGUCCCGGUACCAGAGCCAGCUCCAGUCCCCGAAGCCUCUGCCCAGAGUCAGAGGCUGCCAGAGCCUCAGAAAGACCUUCAGCCCGUCAGCCAGGAGGACUUCUGUGAGAACAUGUCGACCCAGUCCGACAAUCAGUCAGCGCUGUCCAGCCUCUCCUCUCAGUCUCCCCCCUCCUCACCCAUCACCACUCCUUCGGCAGAAAACCCUCCUCCUCUCCUCCCGGCGCACACCGCCCUCCCGACUGACCUCAGCCUACCGCAGCAUGAGCCAGCGAAGGUGGACAAAGCAGGUGGCGAGCAGCAGCCCCCCACGGAAACUGAGGCAGAGCCUCUCGGACAAUUGGAGGACGAGUCAGAGAGCUUCAGCCAAUCACUGAGCAGCCCCUGGGAGCUAAGGCCGUGGCCUGAGGGACGGCAGGUUCUCACCCACCUGGUGGAGGGAUUUGUCAUCCAGGAGGGGCUCCAACCGUUUCCUGUGAACCGCUCAUCCCUGCUGGUUCCAGAGCAGGUGCCCAAACCGCAGGAAGUGAAUGGGACCAAUGGGAAAGCGGCGCUGCCUGUAACGGAAACGAUAAAACAAACUGAGCACUCCACAGACUCGGACGAAGAGGAAGGAGGAGACACGGACGACCCUGGGAGCAGGUCGGGCCACAGAGACCGAACGGUGCUGCACUGCCAGUUCUGCGGGAAGAGGGGCCACGCACACAACUUCAUGCGCUCCAAACGCUUCUGCUCCACUUCCUGUGCACGCGGGUUUAACGUUCGACUGACGAAGCGUCUGCGAGCUCUCAGCGCAGGAAGCCGGUCAGAGAAGCCUCGUCCUGCCCUCAACCGGGCGGAGUCAGUCCCUGGGAAACCCCUGCUGCUGCGGCUGCCUCGUGAUCUGUGGAGCGCCGGUCAGCGUGAGAAAGAUGGAAAAGAAAAAGCGGCGGCGGCAGAAGAGGACGAAGACGAAGACGAUAUGGUGGGAGGCAGGGAGGAGGAAGACGAUGACGGAGGAGAGGAAGAUCCCGCUGUCGCCAUGACGGCUAGGAUGGAGCGUCGGGCGGCUCGGAGAGCGAGGAGGGCGUCGGCUCCGGCCGUGACCACUUCCACGCCUACCACCACGUUUAAGCCAGCCCCCUCGCAGUGGAGCGUGGAGGAAGUCACUGCCUUCAUCCACACGCUGCCAGGCUGCAGUGACGUAGCGGAGGCUUUCCGGGUGCAGGAGAUCGACGGCCAGGCUCUGCUGCUGCUCACCGAGGACCAUCUGAUGACCAGCAUGAACAUAAAACUGGGACCUGCUCUGAAGAUCUGCGCUCACAUCAACGCACUGAAAAACCAAUGAGAGACAAAGAAAAAGAGAAACAACGUGAGGAAAAGAGAAAGCGUUUAAAAAGGAAGAGGGAAAAAAGGCAAUAAAGACGCGAGGAAACGAGAGAAGUCGGCGGAAGUCAAAAGCUGACACCAAGGAUGACAGAGCAAAGUCACAAAAAGAGAUUUGUGGGAAUUUAUAAUCCAUGAGAUUAUAAAUCUAGGCGUGGCCUUAGCAGAUGGGAGCUGGAGAGGAGUGCGGGAGCAUGACGAGUCCAUGAGACGUCUCACCAGUUUUGGGCCCUCCGACUGUAGCAGGAGACGGGGGGGUUUUGUAACUUUGUGUAUAUUUUACAUGCCGCGGGAGAGUGUACAUUUGAAGCUAUUUGAUGAAGGAUUUUGAACAUUUAAUAUAUAAAAUUUGUCUAUUUAGUUUUUUUAGAACGUGACGUCAGCAACAAAUCUAUCCAGUAGCUAAACAUAACCCGUGUGUGUAAAAGGAAAAAACAA